GCGGGGUUUCGUCCUUCCCCGGCUGGAACCGCCGCGGGGCCGGCGAGUGGCGACAGUCCGGGCCGGGUCUCCGCCCGCCUGGGCAGCGGCCUUUCGAUUUCCUUCUGACCGCAGCGUUCCCUAAAGAAGAGAAAAUGGCUUGCGAAUCAGAAACCCUGAACCCCAGUGCUCGGAUAAUGACGUUCUAUCCGACCAUGGAGGAAUUCCGGAACUUCAGUCGCUACAUUGCCUACAUUGAGUCCCAGGGUGCCCAUCGCGCAGGCCUGGCCAAGGUGGUUCCUCCCAAGGAGUGGAAGCCCCGGUCAUCCUAUGACGAUAUCGACGAUCUGGUCAUCCCGGCUCCCAUCCAGCAGCUGGUGACGGGCCAGUCGGGCCUCUUCACGCAGUACAACAUACAGAAGAAAGCCAUGACGGUCCGUGAGUUCCGCAAGAUCGCCAACAGCGACAAGUACUGUACCCCACGUUACAGUGAAUUUGAAGAACUUGAGCGGAAAUACUGGAAAAAUCUCACAUUCAAUCCCCCCAUCUACGGCGCAGACGUGAAUGGCACACUCUACGAGAAGCAUGUCGACGAGUGGAAUAUCGGUCGCCUGAAAACGAUCCUGGACUUGGUGGAGAAGGAGAGCGGGAUCACCAUCGAGGGCGUCAACACCCCGUACCUGUACUUUGGCAUGUGGAAGACGUCCUUUGCCUGGCACACCGAAGACAUGGACCUCUAUAGCAUCAACUACCUGCACUUCGGGGAGCCCAAGUCCUGGUACUCAGUGCCCCCGGAGCAUGGGAAACGCCUGGAGCGCCUCGCCAAAGGCUUUUUCCCGGGAAGUGCUCAGAGCUGCGAGGCUUUCCUCCGCCACAAGAUGACCUUGAUUUCUCCUUUAAUGCUGAAGAAAUACGGGAUUCCCUUUGACAAGGUAACUCAAGAAGCUGGAGAAUUUAUGAUCACUUUCCCUUACGGUUACCAUGCCGGCUUUAACCAUGGCUUCAACUGUGCCGAGUCCACCAAUUUUGCUACCCGGCGGUGGAUUGAGUACGGCAAACAGGCGGUGCUGUGCUCCUGUAGGAAGGACAUGGUGAAGAUCUCCAUGGACGUGUUUGUGAGGAAAUUCCAGCCGGAGAGGUACAAGCUCUGGAAGGCCGGCAAGGACUGUGCCGUGAUCGACCACACCCUGCCCACACCCGAGGCAGCCGAGUUCCUGAAGGAGAGCGAGCUGCCCCCCAGGGCUACGCCUGGGGACGCCUGCCCCGAGGAGGAUGUGGCAGGGCUGGAGGACGGCGAGGAGGGAGACCUCAAGAGGAGCUUCGCCAAGCACCGGAUCGGCACCAAGAGGCACCGGGUUUGCCUGGAGCUCCCGCAGGAGGUGAGCCAGAGCCAGCUCUUUCCCAAGGAGGAGCUCAGUUCCGGACAGUACGACCUGGCCGAGGGCCCGGCCGGCCUGGCUCCCGUGCGGCCCACCCACAGCUCCGUGCGGCCAGUGGAGGACAGCCUCGCCUUCCCAGAUUAUCCCGACUCCACGGACGUCAAGUUUGAAGAGCUUAAGAAUGUCAAACUGGAAGAGGAGGAGGAGGAGGAGGAAGAGGAGGAGGAGGAGGAGGAGCAGGAGCAAGAAGCUGCGGCUUUGGAUCUCUCUGUGAACCCCACAUCUGUCGGGGGGCGCCUUGUCUUCCCUGGCUCUAGGAAGAAGCCGUUCUCCUGCCUAGCCUCCGGCUCCUCGCAGGAGUCCGUUUCUUCCGACUCGGAAGCCAGCGAGCCCCUGUCGUGCCGCGCCCCGGGGCAGACGGGGGCCCUGGUGCCGGCGCACGCCUACUCCAGAGGGGACGGCCGGCCGGCGGGGGCAGAGCCGUGCCCGAGGAGGAAAGGCAGCAGCGCCCGCAGCGGCAGUGAGCCGGAGCUGGCGGAGGUUGCUGAGGAAUACACGUUUUCGCUGGACGAGAGUAAGAAGUCCAGGGGCCGCCGGCAGCCCCUGAGCAAGCUCCCCCGCCAUCACCCGCUCGUGCUGCAGGAGUGUGCCAGCGAUGAUGAGGCAUCCGAGCAGCUGACCCCUGAGGAGGAGGCCGAGGAGACGGAGGCCUGGGCCAAGCCCCUGAGCCAGCUGUGGCAGAACCGGCCCCCCAACUUUGAAGCCGAGAAGGAAUUCAAUGAGGCCAUGGCGCAGCAGGCUCCUCACUGUUCCGUCUGCAUGAUCUUCCAGACCUACCAUCAGGUGGAGUUUGGAGGCUUGACUCAGAGCUGUGCAAAGGCCACAGACCCCGCCCCUCAGAAGCAGAGGACCAAGCCACUGAUUCCGGAGAUGUGCUUCACCUCCAUCGGCUGUAGCACCGACAUCAACCUUUCCACCCCCUACCUGGAGGAGGACGGCACCAGCCUCCUCGUCUCCUGCAAAAAGUGCAGCGUCCGCGUGCAUGCCAGUUGCUAUGGUGUCCCCCCAGCAAAGGCCUCAGAGGACUGGAUGUGCUCACGGUGCUCAGCCAACGCCCUGGAGGAGGACUGCUGCCUCUGCUCGCUGCGGGGAGGAGCCCUGCAGAGGGCCAACGAUGACAGGUGGGUCCACGUCUCCUGCGCUGUGGCCAUCCUGGAGGCCAGGUUUGUGAACAUCGCCGAGAGAAGCCCGGUGGACGUCAGCAAGAUCCCCCUGCCCCGCUUCAAGCUGAAAUGCGUCUUCUGUAAGAAGCGGAGGAGAAGGGCGGCGGGCUGCUGCGUGCAGUGCUCCCACGGCCGCUGCCCCACCGCCUUCCACGUCAGCUGCGCCCAGGCCGCCCGCGUGAUGAUGCAGCCCGAUGACUGGCCUUCCGUCGUCUUCAUCACCUGCUUCCGCCACAGAAUCCCCAGUCUGGAGCGCACCAAGGGGGCCUUGCAAAGCAUCACCGCAGGCCAGAAGGUCAUCAGCAAGCACAAGAACGGGCGCUUCUACCAGUGCGAGGUGGUCACGCUCACCACAGAGACGUUCUACGAAGUCAACUUCGAUGACGGCUCCUUCAGCGACAAUCUCUACCCCGAGGACAUAGUGAGCCAAGACUGUCUCCAGUUGGGUCCUCCUGCUGAAGGGGAAGUGGUCCAAGUGAGAUGGACAGAUGGCCAAGUCUAUGGAGCCAAGUUUGUGGCCUCCCACCCCAUCCAGAUGUACCAGGUGGAGUUUGAGGACGGCUCCCAGCUGGUGGUUAAGAGAGAUGACGUGUACACGCUAGACGAAGAGCUUCCCAAGAGAGUCAAGUCAAGACUGUCUGUAGCCUCAGACAUGCGCUUCAAUGAGAUUUUCACAGAGAAGGAGGUGAAGCAGGAGAAGAAACGGCAGCGGGUCAUCAACUCAAGAUACCGGGAAGAUUACAUCGAGCCUGCGCUCUACCGGGCCAUCAUGGAGUAGGUGCCUCUCGGGCCGGACGUGGGCGGGGCAGCUGCCCAGGCCAGGGCGCUCUGAGGCUCCAUGGCACAGCAGACACGUGGAACUCUGCAGCCUCUAAGAGCGACCUUGUAAAAAGAAAAGGAGUGAAAUAAUCGACCCCCAUGAUCUUCUCAUCCCGCCCUCCUCGCAUUCCGCUGUAGUGGAAGGACCAGCCGCAGGUGGACGCAUCUCCCCGCCGAGGGCCGAGCACGGGAGCGCGGCGGCGGUGCCGGCCAGUGUGCUGGGCCCGAUGGUGCCAGGGGGGGCUGCUUGCCCUGCCCCGGCAGAGGACUUAGCUUCCCAGCGAGUACCUGCACCAGCUAGGCGGAGUCCUGGUGCCUGCCCUCCCUUUUUGUAUUUAUGUAUGUAUGA